AUAUAUUUUGCUAUUAUAUAUCGAUAGAUGUUGAUAUUGUUGAUAUUAAUAAUGUUUAUGAAUAUCACCCUGACCCCAACUUCCUCCAUUCACCUAUAUAAGGCGACUAAGUUGGCUUGCCAGCAUUAACAAUUGAAGUAGGUUCCCUAAUCUCAACUAUUCUCUCAUUUUUUCUUCACUUCCUCACCCGAAAAAACACAACUUCCCCUGCUAUUUCUACAUCGCACACUCAAUUUCAUUUCAACACAAAAUGUGCAGCACAUCGCCUCAUUUCUCCCUCCUCAUUCUCAUGCUCUCAUUCACAUUCACAGCUCGGACCGCAUUAUCGGCCACAUUCACAUUAGUAAAUCAGUGCCCUUACACUGUGUGGCCGGGGAUCCUAUCCGGCGCCGGCACCCAGCCGCUCUCCACCACCGGAUUCGCCCUCAGCUCCGGCGACUCCCUCCCCGUCUCCGUCCCGCCCUCCUGGUCCGGCCGCAUUUGGGGCAGGACACUCUGUUCCCAGGAUUCCACCACCGGGAAAUUCACCUGCGCCACCGCGGACUGCGGCUCCGGCGCCGUGGAGUGCUCCGGCGCGGGGGCGGUGCCGCCUGCCACAUUGGCCGAGUUCACGCUCAACGGCGCCGGCGGCCUCGACUUCUACGACGUCAGCCUCGUCGACGGCUACAACCUGCCAAUGCUGGUGGUCCCGCAGGGCGGGAACUGCUCCAGCACCGGCUGCGUGGGCGACCUCAACGAGUCGUGCCCGUCGGAGCUGAAGGUGGUGAGCGGCGCGAGCACCAGCGGAGGCGAAUGCGUGGCGUGCAGGAGCGCGUGCGAGGCAUUCGGCGACCCCAAAUACUGCUGCUCCGGCGCGUACGCCACUCCGGAUACCUGCGGGCCCACCCAAUACUCGCAGGUCUUCAAGAACGCGUGCCCACGCGCCUACAGCUACGCUUACGAUGAUCAAUCCAGUACUUUUACGUGCGCCUCUGCCGAUUAUAUUAUCACUUUCUGUCCUACUCCUUCUGCCAGCAAGAAAGCAAGUGGAGAGGCAAUAGCAGGGGCAGGAAGUGUUUCGUUGGUUUCAAACGGUGCUCAUGUAACCACGCAAUUUUCUUGCAGACACUUGAUAUUUUUGGCUAAUACUAUUUUACAGUUAUGGCGAUGGCAUUAUUGAGUUUGUUUUAUUACUAAUAUAAGUAGUUUAAAUCAGUCGAAUUGAAUCGAGUUGAGUUGAGUACUGCACAUAUACGAAACAUCAUAAAGAAUGACGAGAUGGAAAAUAUACGAAAAUCCGUCUACCCGCCAACCGAUUCCUGUUUCUAGUUUUAUGGGUGAAAUUUUUGUAGGGAUCAUUUGAGAAUGUGUUGUAGCAAUUUUAUUGAAGAAUUAAGAAAAAAUAAGAACAACUGACGUUGAUCUCUAUCUAAAAAUGACUCAUCUCAUAUUUUUAGUUGUCCAAUUGUGGACACUUGUUGUGUAUUGUAAGAAAUUCCAUAAUGUUUCUAUAGUUUAUUUA